AUGUCUAAUCAAGAGUUAACUAAAGAACAAAUUCAACAGCUAUUGGAUGAAAACACACAUUUAAUCAAAGUUAUUCUCACAUGCCAAAAUGAAGGCCGUAUAAUGGAUGCAAUGUUAUAUCAAACUCGUUUUCAACUUAAUCUAACACAACUUGCUGCAUGUGCAGAUAAUCAUAAACAUCCAUCACAAAAUACUCCAAUUCCUGAUUCUAGAUCUCAAGCACAGAUCACUAGAUUUGUUAGAGCAGCAAACUCAAUGGGAUUUAAAGACUUAAAUGCACUUGCAGAUACAUGUGAUAUUCCUCUUGAUAAGAUCGGUCCUAUUGGUGUUGCUUACGUAGCAUUUUUGCGCAGACAAAACAGAUUUAAUGAAGCCCAAAAUUUAGAAAAGGAGCUUACUGCCCAAGGAUUUGAAAUCAAACAAGAUUAA